GAUGGCAACAAGUUUUCCUCGCUUACCUCCGUUGCCGCCGUUAAGGGAUUUUAUUCAUAUGUAUCGUUUAAGAGCGAAGAAAAUAUUAUCCCAGAAUUACCUUAUGGACAUGAAUUUAACGAGGAAGAUAGUAAAGUCCGCUGGAGUUCAUCCAGGAGAUUGGGUUUGCGAAGUAGGCCCCGGUCCUGGAGGAAUCACUAGAGCUAUUCUGGAAGCUGAAUGUGAACGAGUAGAUGUGGUUGAGAUCGACCAACGGUUUAUACCACCUCUUGAGCACUUAGCCGAGGCUGCUGAAGGUCGCCUAAAUAUUCAUCAUGCUGAUGUGUUAAAAACGAAUAUUGGCGAAAUUUGGAGCAAAGCGGGAGCUGAGAAACGAAGAGAGUGGAAUGAUGAUCUGCCUAGUAUGCAUGUCAUAGGAAAUUUACCGUUUAAUAUUGCUUCUCCCCUCAUAAUCAAGCUUCUAAGAGAUAUGUCCUAUCGUCGCGAUGCUUGGCAAUUCGGGCGAGUCCCUUUAACGUUAACUUUUCAAAUGGAAGUGGCAAAGCGGAUAUGCGGUCCUAUCGAUGACGACGCACGGUCAAGACUUUCAAUAAUGGCG